AUGACCCACAAGCCAAAACCCUUUUCACUCACCUGCACUACCUUCACACCCCCGGCAGCGCAGAACCUAGUAUCCCUCGCUGGGGCUGCUGCGCUCGAUCUCCUGCAGGAGCAAGAGGGUGGAGAACGGGACCCGCGGGGCGCCCUCAUCCUCCUCUGCGACGGCGGCUCCUCCUCCUCCGCCUCCGCCUCCUCCCCGGCCUCCUUCGCGAGGGUCUCCCAGGAGAUAAUGGGAUCACGGAUGGUCGAAGGACUGGUGGUUCUGGAGCUAAAAUUCGACUCUAAGGACAACGUCACUGACUCGCUCUUCUACAAGACUAUUAGGAAGGCCAGGCAGGUCCGCCAGAGGUCGUGGGUCGUGCAGGUGCUGGUGGUGAGCGACGACCCCGCCUUCCUGGACGCCUUCGCUCGCUGGUCGCUGCGAGGACGACUCCUGGUGUGGCAGACGAGGCUGGUGGUCGUCACGCGCCUCCCCAAGCACGACCUGCAAGCGCUCCUGGCCAAGCACUGGACGCUUGCCAUGAUGAACGCGCUCGUGCUGAACCUUGCGGAUGAGGCUGCGGACGGCGACCAAGCGAGAGGCAGUUUGUACGUGCAUCUGCCAUAUAGCGCUCACGGUGAGAAGAUGGUGAGGCUGGGACAGUGGACGAGGAAGGAGGGCAUCACACUACUGGCUGGCGCGUCACUCUUUCCGCAGAAGUAUUGGGACUUCCACGGCGCCCCCGUCAACGUGACCGCCCUGCCCUUCGCCCCCUACUGGAGCGUCGAGGAGGGGGAGGGGGCGGCCGGGGGCGCACCCCCCUUCAGCAGCUACUCGGGCACGGACUUCCUCAUGCUGCGCACGAUCGCCGAGGCCCUCAACUUCUCCGUCAACGUGCUGCCGACCGCCGACUGGGGGGAGGUGACGCAGCGCGUGGAGGAGCGCGUCUCCUUCAUGGCGCCCAUCAUCUACGCGGUGCUCCCGGGGCGCCUCGAGCACUACGACUACACCUACGCCUACGAGUACGCCUCCCCGGCCUUCUGCAUGACCAAGCCGGUGCUGAAGCCUCAGUGGCAGAGCCUCUACUACCCUCUCAGCGACCUGGUCUGGCUCUCCGCCCUGGCUGUGCUUCUCAUUAUGCCUCCGACGUUCUCGAUGCUGGGCCGCUUGGAUGGGCGUGGAAUGGGCGGGAACACGGGCGUCGCUUUUGCUGUCAUGGGAACCCUUUUGGGCCAGAACCUGAACCAGCUGCACUCCCACAGCAACGCCGCCCGCCUGUUGCUUGGGGCGUGGCUGAUUUUCGCUUUCAUCUUGGGCACCGCCUACCGGGGCAACCUCACCGCCGCCCUCACGCUGCCCAAUUACCCCCCUCGCCCCGAGACGCUCCAGGAACUUGUGCAGGCCGUGAAGAGGUGGUUCGGCCAAAGCCUGCUCUGGCUCUCUCUUUAUUGUUAG